AUGAUGCACGGAUACGACGUGAAUGGCAUACUCCUGGACGCCCUCGGCAGCCGCAUUCUCGACACGGACAGUCUGUCCGCACAGCAGUACCAGCUAAGGGUGCUCUGUUUGCGUCAGGCCUACAAGCAGGUGGAGUCGGAAAGAGCCAUGGUCCUGGUUGACGACAAGGUCGACUCUGAGGGCUUCGCGGACUUCACGGGCCUCCAGCUGGCGUACUCGGCGUACAGGCGCCUUCAGCCUCGUGAGCGACUGGCCGUGGUGCCUGACGUGGGGCUCACCGCCGAGCAGACUUUCUUCGUGGCGCACUGCCUGAAGUGGUGUGACCUGAUCGCCAAGAGGCAGCCCACGAGCCGCUACUGGCCCGGCCGCUCUCGCUGCAUUGUGCCACUGCGAAACAUGCCCGAGUUUGCGGCCGCGUUCUCCUGCUCCAAAGGGGCGCCCAUGAACCCCAACUCGAAAUGCUCGUUCUGGAAGUAG